GGAGGCAAAAGCCGGCAGAGAGCGGGCGGCAAGGCCAUGCGCUGCCGCCUGUGGCUGGGCCUGGCAUGGCUGCUGCUGGCGCGGGCUCCCGGCGCUGCGAGGACCUCGAGCGGUCCCCGGAGACCACGCAGCUACCCACACCUAGAGGGCGACGUGCGCUGGCGGCGCCUUUUCUCCUCCACCCAUUUCUUUCUGCGCGUCGACCCCAGCGGCCUCGUGCAAGGCACCCGCUGGUGCCACAGCCCUGACACAGGCAUCAUUGAGAUCCGCUCCAUCCGCGUGGGCGUCGUGGCCCUCAAGGCUGUGCACACCGGCUUCUUCGUGGCCAUGAGCCGCCGGGGCCACCUCUAUGGGUCGCGGAUCUACACUGCUCACUGUAGGUUCCAGGAGCGCAUUGAGGAGAACGGCUACAACACCUAUGCCUCACUUCGCUGGCGUCACCGAGGCCGGCCCAUGUUCCUGGCGCUGGACAGGCGGGGGGUCCCUCGACGCGGUGGCCGGACACGGCGGCACCACCUUUCCACUCAUUUCCUGCCCGUCAUGGUCUCCUGAGGCCCCAAGGGGCCAUGAGGAACAGCUAGACAAGAUCCAAAAGACAUCUGGGCAUGUGGCCAGGGACCAGAGGCUGGAGGAGGCCCAGGCUGUGGCCAAACCAUGUCUGGUCACUCAUUCCUUUCACAAGCAUUGAAUGCCUGCUGUCUGCAGGGCUCUGGGGACCCUGCAGGAACCCCACACCCAUCCUUGUCUGAAUCUGAGGCGGGUGAACACUGAGCUGAGUAGGGGCUGUAGGUGUUGAGUCAUGAGCUGGGGAGCGAGGAGUCCCCAACAAGGCACCUCCUGGACUAGAGACUGAAGGUCACCAGGUCUUGGAAGAGUACUCUGAGCCGGGAUACAACCUAUCAAAGACUCAGCAGUGGGAACCCAUUGGAGUGUUGAGGUAGAGGAGAGGGGAAGCUAGGGACCAGGGAGUCUGGGGACCAGGAGGGAGAGGACAACAUGGACAUGUCCUGACCUGUGGACAUGUUGCCUCACACUGUAAAGGGACUUUGCAGGUAGGAUUAAGUCAAGGCGCUGAGAUGGGGAUGAUCCUGGAUUAUGGGGGGGCGGGGGGAGCAUUAUCAUUACAAGGGUCCUCCUAAGAGGGAGGUCUGAGCAUCUGAGUCAGAGAUGGAAGAGGCUGCUGCUGGUUGUGAAGAUGGAGGAAGGGGCCACGAGCCAGGGAUGUGGUGCCUCUAGAAGCUGGAAAAGGCCAGAAAUGGUUCUUCCUGGAGCCUAAGGAAGGACCAGUCUUGCCCACACCUGGGGUUAGUUAGCCCCUGAGACUUAUGCAAGACUCCUGAUCCCAGAAGUGUUCAAG